CCCCGCCACCGCCGCACUCUCGUCGUCCCAGCCCACCCCACCCGCGUGCGUCGACCCCGUCCCGUGGCAAUGGCGUCCCGCCGAACACUCCUCGCAGCUGUCCUCGUGGCCGCGCUCCUCCCUCCGGCGCUGUCCCGUGGACUUGUGCUGGGGCACCACGGAUUCGGGCACGGGCGCGGGCACGCACCGCACGUCGGCGGACACGGUCACGGCCAGGGACAGCCGCACGCGCCGCUCGGCCGUGGCGCGUGGUCGUCGGCGCACGCCACCUUCUAUGGCGGGGGUGACGCGUCUGGCACGAUGGGAGGGGCGUGUGGGUACGGGAACCUCUACAGCCAGGGGUACGGGACGAACACGGCGGCGCUGAGCACGGCGCUGUUCAACAACGGUCUCAGCUGCGGCGCUUGCUUCGAGGUGCGCUGCGACGCGGUCGCCGGCGGCGGGAGCCACUCGUGCCUGCCGGGCUCCGUCGUCGUCACGGCCACCAACUUCUGCCCGCCGAACAACGCGCUCCCCUCCGAUGACGGCGGCUGGUGCAACCCCCCGCGCGCGCAUUUCGACAUGUCUCAGCCCGUCUUCCAGCGCAUCGCCCUCUUCAAGGCCGGCAUUGUCCCAGUCUCUUACCGCCGGGUGGCGUGCCUGAAGAAGGGCGGGAUCCGGUUCACCAUUAACGGCCACUCCUACUUCAACCUUGUUCUCGUCACCAACGUGGGCGGCGCCGGCGACGUGCACGCGGUGGCCGUGAAGUCGGAGCGCUCGGCGGCGUGGCAGGCCCUGUCGCGCAACUGGGGCCAGAACUGGCAGAGCGCUUCCCUCCUCAACGCCCAGAUGCUCUCCUUCCGCGUCACCACCGGCGACGGCCGCUCCGUCGUCUCCAACAACGCCGUACCCCGUGGCUGGUCGUUCGGCCAGACAUUCAGCGGGGCCCAGUUCAACUGAUUCACUCCAAUUUACUCAAACAUCUUCAAGUAGUUGCAGUAGCUACUAUGCUCCCAACUGGACUGUGCUGGGAAGUGCCAUUGUUUUAUGAUUGGUACUGGUCUCCCCUUGGUUCUUGGGUAGCAGUAUUAGCUGGUUGUUUGGCCUUGUAUUAGCAUGGGCUUUGUGUUGUUAUCGCUAGUGGUAGUUGGGUAGUACCAUUAGUUGAGCUUUUGUGGGAGCUUUUGGCUAGGGAUUGGAAGUGGUGGUAAGGCUGGUAUGAUUAACAGAGGCCGCCUUGUAUCACCCGCCAAAGUAGCAAAAUGGGCCUCUUGGAAUGGCCUUCUCCUA